CGAUGACGCAAAUCUUUCGCGACGCGACACAUAGAUCCUUCGGCGACAUUGAGGAUCAUUGAAGUUUCGGGAAUGUCGUUGCGAUUAUUUCGACUGAUUGUGCCCUCGGGUGCUGCAGCUUGGAAAGCAGUAUCGCCUGUGUCGACGGCUCAAAUCCACACAAGUGCUGUCAGUAACCUGCGGUAUGGAUGGUGGGCUUAUGCUCUGGGGGAGAGGACAACCUCCCGCUUCAAUGAAAACAGCAAGAUCAUUUCCAUUGAUGGCAACUUGGCAUCUGGGAAGGGAGCACUUGCUCAAAAAUUGGCUGAUAAAAUGGGGAUGCUGUACAUGCCAGAGCCAGACACGCACUAUGUUGACAAAAUGACAAAGGAGAAAGUUCCUCUAGAUCAGGCUUUUAAUGGAAACUGCAGUUUGGAGAAGUUCUACUUGGAGCCCAAAGCAAGUGACGGUAACUCUUACCGCCUGCAGUUUUGGAUGUACCUCAUGAGGCUGCUGCAGUACUCUGAUGCUAUUGAACACCUGCUCUCCACAGGACAGGGAGUUGUUCUGGAACGAUCUCCAUUUAGUGACAUGGUUUUUUUGGAGGCCAUGUUCAAAGAAGGCUUCAUCCGCAAGCAGUGUGUGGACCACUAUAAUGAGAUUAAGAAUAUCAGUAUCUGUGAGUUUCUGCCCCCUCAUCUGGUCAUCUAUGUCGACUCACCUGCUGAAGAGGUCCAGAAGAAUCUCAAGGCUUCAGGAAAGUCAUACCUCCAGAAUGUUCCUUUAAGCUACCUGAAGAGCAUUGAGACUGCAUACAAGAAGACCUUCCUUCCUAAAAUCAGUGAAGAGGCAGAGCUUCUUGCCUAUGACGCAACCCAAGCCCAGGACAUUGAGAGGGUUGCAGAGGAUAUUGAAUACUUGAAGUUUGAAAAGGGCCCUUGGCUGGAGCAAGAUGAUGUCACUUUCCACCAUAUGCGAAUGCUGGUGGAAGACAAGCAGAGGGUAGCCAACCUGACGUGCGUCCCCAUAUAUCUCCCAGAGGUCACAAUCGGUGCUCAUGAGUUUGAUGCUGCCUACUAUGCUUUCAAAUCGCUCCCAGGAAAGAGGUACGCUGAAGGCUAUAAUGAAGACGUUGGUGACAAAGGCAUCUGGCUGAAGUGAGAAACGCCAGUGUCGCUGGAGGGAAGGACAUCUGAAAGACAGUUUCCUUGGGGUAUUUCAACCAUUCGUCCAUGUCCCGUGGAGGAAGAUGUAUUCUGCUCUUCUGCAGCUGAAGAUAUCAUUGUACAUUGCUAUUAAAACCUUUAUUGUAUAUGUUAAAAAACGUUGUUUUUUUUCUUUCAUUUUGAGUCAGUGUUGUACACGGCUGGAUCUUUUUGAGUUAAACUCCAGUUCUGGUACAAAGGUCAUGGUCCAAGGAGGGCCCUGGGCACGACUUUACACCUACUUAUACGUUCCCGCUCUAUGCACCGAGGGGUCCAGGGCCCCUGGUGGUUUGUUUCUGGCUAUACAAAUUUAGGGUCACAGGACAGGUCAAACUGAAUGUGCUUAGGACACUGGUGAUCAUCUUCCUUUGGCAGUUUCAGGCAAUGUUGCUUUAGUUUAGAGGCCCCUGGCAAUCAGAGGCUAUUAAAACUAGAUAUGAGACUAAAGUACAGUUAAGUCACUUAUUAUCAUUUUUAUACAGUAUAACGUAACCCCCCCUGAAAUUUAUGCAACGAAUGUGACAUCUAAGGUAGUAGCAAUGUAAGGGAAAGAUCAAUCUGCCGGCUGAUAUCUGAUUUUGUUUCAUUGCGGUGAGACGGUGACUAAACACCCCAAUUAAAAUACUUUUUGUUUGAAAUAGCACAGUGCAAACUGGCCGCAGCUCAUUAGACACCUGAAACCAGUCGUUUCUCGUCACUCAGAUGAGAUGAGAGGAGAUGAUAUGAGUCUGCUGCCGGUAAGAGAGCGGCCGCGGGUCCAGGAAUAGAGCCGCUGCUCAUUUGUUCCUGAGCGCAUCUCAUAUUACCAUCAUUUCUCAUAUUCUGCCCUUUAUGGGUGA